CCAGGCAUACCGAGAGUGGCGUUCGCUUCCGUGUUUGUGCGAUUAGCAGAGUCUAGACCAGCCGGUGGAUAAGGGAGGUUUGGCGUUUCAUUCAUUCGGAGGAAUUAAUACAAAAUCAGCGAAUAUGUCCUAUGAAUUGAGUAAGUCGUUUUUAUUAGUUAUUUUCCUUUUUGAAAGAAUAUACAUUAAAGAUGGACAUUUUAAUCGUUUCAUCAGUACAAAUAAAGUACUUCACCACAGAGAGAAACUGCUAGCUAGCUAACUACGUGUGUAAACACUAACCUCGCCCAUUCUGAAUUUUCAAUCUCGUUUCUUGUCUUGAGACAUCACGCCGCUGCUAGUGUUCUUCUGUUACUAGGUAAAUAGCCACGCAUUCAUAAUUGAGAUGCCUUUCCUCUUAUUGGAUGGAGCUGGCAAGGGAACCUACUCGGUUUUGAAAUAGCCAUAUUUCCUAUAAACAAAAUCUCAAUUUCUGCACGAAAUAUGCAACGCAUUGUUGACAUGUCACAGAAUGUGGGUGGGUGUGCGUGCUUUUAGCAAGUAGAGUACACAGUCGCACACAAUUUACAGUAUACAUUUAUCUGCUAACGUGUAGAUAGUUAAUCAGCUAAAAGCAGAGGUAGAUGUCGGCCUAUGUAUUGUCUUUGAGACAGAAGGCUAUUUACAGGUCGUCUGCUAUGCAUUCCGAUGGCCUGGCAUCUUACAUAAUACAAGCUACAGUGCAAUUUAGUUUGUAUUAAUUGAUUGAAGUACAGUUCUUAUUUGUGUCCGUUUUUACAGCCACUGUAGGCUGAUCUUGAUGUGUGGGUUAUUUACCAACCAAAUAGGUCAAUGCCUAGACUAACCUAGACAAUAAUAAUAAUAAUAAUAAUAAUAAUACACUUCCAUGUCGUUCACACAGAGCAUGUAUUUGCCAGCCUCCCGCAGAUGGAACGAGGAGUCGCCAAAGUCCUUGGUGGGGAUCCCAAAGGCAACAACUUCCUCUACACCAAUGGGAAGAGUGUCAUCAUCAGGAACAUAGAUGUAAGUCCUUAAAUCUAAUGAACAUAUCACCUGACACAUUGUUGGCAGCUGAUAACCUGAAACUCAUAGGCCUAUAUUUGGGUGGGUUCAUGUACAGUAAAACGUGUGAUCUGGGCUGGUCAGAUUUAUUAAAGGAUAUAACCUCUUUCCCAGUCUAUAUUGUGUGUGAGAACCUGCACUAACGUUAGAGUUUUGCCUUAAUCUCUGACAGAACCCUGCCAUAGCUGACAUCUACACCGAGCACCCUCAUCAAGUUACUGUUGCCAAGUACGCUCCCAGUGGCUUCUAUAUUGCAUCUGGAGGUAGCUAGAUAUUUAUGACCUACUUGUUGUGUGUAUGUACUGACAUGUAUGUGUAACUGAUAGAUCCGCGCACAGACACUACAUGUUAAUGUAUGUAAAUUUGUAAUGGAUUUGUCUUAAUUGUGAAUGGUGACAAGACCUGUACCUAGAGUGACCUGUACCUAGUCUUCUCAUGCAUGUGGGUUCUUUGGAGAACAUAUCUCAUUUGCAGAGAGCCAAAUGGGCAGAGAUCAUUUUCAUGGUAGUGAUGCCAAAUCCACAACGUUCAAAUAUAAUGUUUCCUACAGAUGUGUCUGGUAAGAUCCGUAUCUGGGACACUACCCAGAAGGAGCACCUUCUGAAGUACGAGUACCAGCCUUUCGGGGGGAAAAUCAAGGACAUUGCCUGGACUGAGGACAGCAAAAGGAUUGCUUGUGUGGGAGAGGGACGUGAGAAGUAAGUCUGUAGGGCCUAGUUCAGACCUCAAGCAGGACAGGGACAUGGAGUCUGCGCCGUUAUCUUCCAAAUAAGCUCUCUGGUCCUGCUAACGGUGCAGCAUUUACACUUUGGCGAACAGUGGUUGUACAUCAUUGAGGAUUGUAUAAGCUUUAGGUCAGAUGUCAACAACACGUUACAGUGUGUGCAGGUCUUUGUUCCACAUCAGCAAUAACAUUCUGGAAUCAUGAUCUGCCGAAUCAGGGUUGUUCAGUAGGCAUAAGACUGAAACUAAAAUUAACAUCCGUAAUGGGUUUGUUCAGGUGUUAAAAUUGUUUCCUCCCAUUUUUGUGUCUUCUGAACAUGUCCCCAGCAUGUUGGGGCUUGGCUGGAACAAAAGCUACAGCUCUCAGAACCCUAGUGGCUAACCCUGUUGUGAACAUUCCAGUAUCUGACAUGAAUUGAAUAUUCCAUUACUUGACUUGAUCAUUGCUUGAACCCCCUUAAAAUGAGAUUUCAGGACAUGUCAGAAGAUGAAUACAAAAACAACAUUCACCCCAGAUUUUCAUAACUCCCCUAAAACUUGGAUAAGGUGCAUGUCUCUCACCUAUACACUUGUGAAUUAUUUGCUUCUGUCUAGUGAAUCGCUGCACGUUGUUCAUCGCGUCCUGUCCCACUUUGUAAAUGUGUGUUCUUCCUUCCAGGUUCGGGGCUGUGUUCCUGUGGGACACUGGCUCCUCAGUGGGAGAGAUCUCAGGCCACUCCAAAAUCAUCAACAGUGUGGACAUCAAGCAGACUCGCCCCUACCGCCUCAUCACCGGCAGUGAUGACAACUGUGGGGCCUUCUUCGAGGGACCGCCUUUCAAGUUCAAGUUCUCAAGCACAGUGAGUGGCCUUUUCUCAAUGAGAUAUUCUCAACUCGUGCGUCUCUGGCCUCCUCCUAGAAAAAGGUAAUCAAGCAGAGGUGGAGAGGGAAAGUGGACGAAAAUGUGCUUGCAUGAAAUUACUCCAAUUGCGCAUCAUCAGGCAAAUUACAUUGUGUAAUCCCAAAAUAAAUGUAGAAAGUAAUAAAUGUUGCUAGUUGUGCAAGACAUUUUUAUAGAUAAAAGGAUUAGUAGCAUAUCGUUUUUAAAUGUUUGCAUUUACGAUUCGCUGAUUUCAAAGGGGUGUGGCAGAUUUCAAAACUCUUCCGCAAAAGGACUCGGGUAGGAUAUACUUGCGCUUCCUCGCCAAAAGGAGGCUAUCGACGAGGGAAGGACUGUCUUCCGUUUGCCUAUUAACUAUUUGACACGCCACUUGACCACUUAUCGGUUGUCGGGUUACGGACUUUUUCCCAAAUUAGAAAAGGCCAAUGUGUCUGAGGUUUCUGAAGAAAUUUGGGAAUCUGUUCUGAAUGUCCCAUCGGGGUAUGUGGUUGGGAGAGAAUUGCCUACAGGUCUCCAGUGUUUUUUCCUUUUUCUUUCAUGAGUAUUGCCUUUUGAUACUAUGUACCUUUAUUCACUUGGUUAGCCCUGUCGUGAGCACAGACGGAAGCUAUACAUUUGAUGACCAUGGAAGCAUCAGUGUGUAGGAGUCAAGGCAACUUUGGUUUCUUGUAAAAGAGCGAAAGGAGAUUUUCACUGUCUCGGUCACUUAGCUCGUGGUGCUGAGCUGGUGGCAUUAGUCUGGUCAACAUGUUGCAGAAUUUCUCUAUUAAAACACAAAAGCUGAGUAUUUCUGAGGCUUUAAUGUAGGGCUGGAAAUUGCCAGGGACCUCAUGAUAGGAUAUUACCACGAUACUUUAGUGCUGAUAUGUAUUUCGACUAUCACGAUUCACACAAGUCUAUGUAUUGCGACUCGAUACUGCACAUUUAUUUUGCGAUUUGUUGUUCAAAACAUAUUGCUCACCAUAUGUUUUUCCUGAGGGACAAGAGCGAGCCAUGAGAAAGCAAGUUUUGAUCAGUCAUGGAAAUAAAAGUGCUUAAACAAAUUGGCUCACUAUUUAAAAAGAAGAUGGAGAGCAAGCUAUGAAGGACAAAUACUGGAGUUUUGGUGCAGGUACGUCCGACUAGCCCAAAAAUAAUAUCCUACUGUAUUUUUUUUUUUUUACCCCAUCACUACUUUAAAGAGGGUUCCAGAACAGCAACCAACAUAUUGUGGUCAAGGUGAAGUACACUCUGGUCUUGGGCCUAUAUAUUUACAGUGCAUUCAGAAAGUAUUCAGACCCCUUGACUUUUUCCACAUUUUGUUACAUUACAGCCUUAUUCUAAAAUGGAUUAAAUAAAUAUUUUUCCUCAAUCUACACACAAUACCCCAUAAUGACAAAGCGAAAACAGGUUUUUAGAAAAUGUUGCACAUUUAUUAAAAAUAAACAGACCUUUAUUUACAUAAGUAUUCAGACCCUUUGCCAUGACACUCGAAAUUGAACACAAGUGCAUCCUGUUUCCAUUGAUCAUCCUUGAGAUGUUUCUUCAACUUGAUUGGAGUCCACCUGUGGUAAAUUCAAUUGAUUGGACAUGAUUUGGAAAGGCACACACCUGUCUAUAUAAGGUCCCACAGUUGACAGUGCAUGUCAGAGCAUAAACCAAGCCAUGAGGUUGAAGGAAUUGUCUGUAGAGCUCAGAGACGGGAUUGUGUCAAGGCACAGAUCUGGGGAAGGGUACCAAAAAAUGUCUGCAGCAUUGAAUGUCCUCAACCUAGUGGCCUCCAUCAUUCUUAAAUGGAAGAUGUUUGGAACCACCAAGUCCUUUCCUAGAGCUUGCCGCCCGAACAAACGGAACAAUCGGGGGGAGAAGGGCCUUGGUCAGUGAGGUGCCCAAGGACCCGAUGGUCACUCUGACAGAGCUCCAGAGUUCCUCUGUGGAGAUGGGAGAAACUUCCAGAAGGACAACCAACUCCGCAGCACUCCACCAAUUAGGCCUUUAUGGUAGAGUGGCCAGACGGAAGCCACUCCUCAGUAAAAUGCACAUGACAGACCGCUUGGCGUUUCCCAAAAGGCACUUAAGGACUCUCAGACCAUGAGAAACAAGAUUCUCUGGUCUGAUUAAACCAAGAUUGAACUCUUUUGGCCUGAAUUCCAAGCUUCACGUCUGGAGGAAUACUGGCACCAUCCCCACGGUGAAGCGUGGUUGCAGCAUCAUGCUGUGGGGAUGUUUUUCAGUGGCAGGGACUGGGAGACGAGUCAGGAUCGAGGCAAAGAUGAACGGAGCAAAGUAGUAAGAGAUCCUUGAUGAAAACCUGCUCCAGAGCAUUCAGGACCUCAGACUGGGGUGACGGUUCACCUUCCAACAGGACAACAUUUUACAUUACAUUUUACAUUUUAGUCAUUUAGCAGACGCUCUUAUCCAGAGCGACUUACAGUUAGUGAGUGCAUACAUUUUUCAUACUGGCCCCCCGUGGGAAACGAACCCACAACCCUGGCGUUGCAAGCGCCAUGCUCUACCAACUGAGCUACAUGGGGCCCCAGUUUAGUCACAUAAUUUACAAUAUGUCUGCCAAUCAGAUGUGAAGCCAGACAUAUUUGCCACUCCCUUUGCUUUAUUUCUCUCAACUACACAGUUUUUCAAUUCCUCAUCAAUCCAGGGGACCUUAACAGUUCUAAUAACUGGAAGAAACAAAUUAAUGUUUCGUAUGCAUCUCAUCUUUUGUGGGAACUCUACCCUUCUAUCCACCUCCACAUCCCCAAAAACAUUUAAAUAACUUCAGCUAAAAGCUAGAAACAGUGCUGUUUUAAAACAUAGAGCUACAGUAAGAUUCAGAUUGAUAAAAUAAAAGGAGUUAAAGUUUAAAUUUUUAAAAAUGAUUCUAAAAUAAUGUUUUAAUACAAAUCAAACAGUAAACAGGACUAGAUGCACAACUUCUCUCCAAAACAUGAGUGUGUUUGCUUCUUGUUAUGCUUCCCUUAUAGAAUUAGUGAAAGCCAAGCAGGCCUCUCCAGAAUACUGAAUGGUAUGCACUUAGCCCCUUUGUGGACAGAACCAAACAGUGGAGGGAUGGAAGGGUAAAGUAAAUAGCUGCCAAUGGGGACAGUAACACAAAACACUGUUGUAAUAAUAAACAGACACACAAAUAAAAGUCCCACGGGGAGGGGACACCCAGCCCCCCCCCCCCCCCCCCCCCCCCCCCUCCUUAUGUACAAACAUAUUGUCCGAUCGCCCAGGAGUCCAUUUUCUCCCCUCCUCUAAUUACACCAUGGUCUCCUUCCUCUUCCCUAAGGCACAGAGGGAGCGCUUGUCCUUUUUGGUUUUGUGUUUGGGCGACGGGGAGGAUAGUGGUGAUGAAGAGGAGGAUGAGGAGCGGGAGGAGGGAGACGUUGAGGUGGGGCUGGGGGUCUCGUCCCCGCAUGGCGAACUGGGGGCGGACGUUGCACCUGGGGGCGUCAGAGGGCAGUUCUCAUCGGUCUCCUCCGUGUGGAUGAUGGCGGAGAUUUUGGAGGAGCGCCGCUUGGAGUGGGCGUCGGCUGCCGGGGAGGAGGCGGGUGUGGUGACAGCGGCGUCCGCGGGGUGGUGGACGGAGAUGGCGCUGCGCAGGCAGUUGAGCCACUGCUGCUUGUGGAAGACGUCAUUGACCUGCAGCGUGUGGGACUGGCCCUGAGACGGGUCAUGGAAACGCACACGGAAGAUGUUCUUGGCUUUGUCGGAGUUACUGAAUGCUCCUCUGAAGGAGCCACCCAUCUUGACGUCUCCAUCCUGUAGGUCCUCCAGCACCAAGUCCUGCACCGGGAUUGGCUGCCGGUACACCUGGAAACAGUGGUGCUCGUUCCUCGUCACAGACCGGGUCAUUACCAACAGCUCUGUGAACAGGAACACGUGCAGCUUUGUUCCGCUCUUGUUGCGUAGCUCGCCGUGACACAACAGACUCUUGCACUGGUCGAUGCGCGGGUCUCUUUGCCUGUCGUCCAGAUACUCCAGUUUGUCUAUGUAGUACUGGCUCUCUGACUCCCCCUUCUUCAUGUUGAUGUCAGACAACACACCCUGGAUGAUGGUGAUUGCUUGCUCCAGGCGGGGCGUGUCGGGGUGCUCGGGCGCUGUGUGUUUGAGGAUCUCUCUGAGCAGGAGGGGGUAUUUGAACAGACGGGAGCGGGGGAUGUCCAGGAAGCUCCACAGGUCCAGCUUCCUGCUGAAGGGAGACUCCAGGCAGCGCUGCAGUAAGUCCUGCACCCUCCGGUCCUGUUUCUUCUGGUCCAACAGGGCCUUGGCCGCCACCUGGUUACUGCAGUAAUCUCGGUAUGCAUUCAGCCCUGGCAACCAGCUGACGACGAUCUGUCCUAUCUGUCCCACGGUGCCGUCGGGGCCGGCGGCUCUGGCCAGCAGGUCCUCGUGGAGGGGGAUGUAGGCAUCCAGGUCCCCGAAGAUAUGGGUCAGCUCCUCCUCCGACAUGAUACUCAGCUUCAGCAUGGGGUCGUGGUACGCCUUGCGUGCGAGUUGGAGGUCCUCAAUCAGGUCCUGUUCUCCGCGAGUCAACUCAAAUAUGGCCUCCUGUCUCUUGAUCUCCUUGGUGGAGAAGGUGCCCUUCUGGUGGACGUCUAAUGUCUCCGACCACAGCGUGCUGUUGCGUCUCUUGGGCGGCGUGGGCGCCGCCGCCUUGCUGCAUGGCUUCUGGGGCACGCCCGGCGUCUUGCCACCAUUGCCAUCGCCCCGGAAGGACAUGGACUGGAUGGUCUGGCCGACGCGCCGGACGGCCCCAUUCUUCACGGGGGAGAUGAGGUUAGCCAGCGAGGUCACCCUGCCGAGAGGACGGACAAGCUUGUUGCUGGGUUCCUCGGACUCUUUGUUGGCUUGGUUCUGACCGUCUAUAGCUUGUAGAGUCCGUUUGAUAGUCACCAAGCUACCCAGUUCAUCGUAAGCCACCAUAGCUUUGAGUUAAAAAAUCCAACAAGGUUUCUGCUAUAUCCAGUUAGUCUUCAAAUGAUGUCCCCCUCUAUUCCUCUUCUUCUUGCUCCGCUAUGGGACUUCAGAAAACUCCACACACUACUGCUCUCUCAUUCUAGACUUUGGUCAACAACGACGACAACAACAACGACCCUAAGCACACAGCCAAGACAACACAGGAGUGGCUUCGGGACAAGUCUCAAUGUCCUUGAGUGGCCCAGCCAGAGCCCAGACUUGAACCCGAUCGAUCAUCUCUGGAGAGACCUGAAAAUAGCUGUGCAGUGACGUUCCCAUCCAACCUGACAGAGCUUGAGAGGAUCUGCAGAGAAGAAUGGGAGAAACUCUCCAAAUACAGGUGUGCCAAGCUUGUAGCGUCAUACCCAAGAAGACUCGAGGCUGUAAUCGCUGCCAAAGGUGCUUCAACAAAGUACUGAGGAAAGGGUCUGAAUACUUAUGUAAAAUGUGAUAUUUCAUUUUUUGGGUGGGAUAAAUGUGCAAACAUUUCUAAAAACCUGUUUCUUUCAUUAUGUGGUAUUGUGUGUAGAUUGAGGGGGAAAAAGUAAUAUCUUUUUUUUAGAAUAAUUCUGUAACGUAACAAAAUGUGGAAAGUCAAGGGGUCUGAAUACUUUCCGAAUGCACUGUAUAUUCUUGGCUACUUUUUUUUAAUGGUUCUCAGUUUGUUUUCACAGUAUCAGUGUUUUAUGUACAUUCACAUGUUACAUAAUCCACGUCCCCUAGAAAAUCAGGGUUUAAUUGUCAACCGCAUUCCUACAUUUUGAAAGCGUGAAAAGGGGAAGUACAGUCUACGACCUCAAUUUAUUAAAUAAACAUCCUUUUCGAAAACUUUUCGGUGCAUUAUGCCUAUCAAACACUACCUGUUUUGGAGCAGUCAGCUUUCCCACAAAAUGCCCUUUUUAGCAAGAAACUUUUGGAAUGCUGUGUGUCUUGACUUGGGUUCGCUACAGGCUACCACCUUGGGCCAAGCCAUACACAUUCAGUGCUUACAAAUUUACAUUUUAGUCCUAUAGGCCAAUUUAGCAAAAAAUAUGGUAAGGGGGGAGACGGCCCCAAUAAAAAUAAAUGUUUUUGUUUAAUUUGGGUAGAGCUAAAUGGCUGGCUUUGGCCUAUAUUCACAAAUCACGGAAACCCUAGCAAUGAGCUGAAAAAUAAACAAACACACUGUUCAUAGGCCCGUUUACUCUACUGUCAUUAUUUAUUUAACCAGGAAAAGCCCAUUGAGACCCAGAGUCUCUCUUUUUCACGGGAGACCUGGCCAAGAAGGCAGCAACAAUCAAUACGUUACAGAAUUAAAACAUACUACAAUACAAUUCAACAACAUGAUCCAGCCCCCCCAAAAAAGCAUUUACACUCCCCUGUAACGGGUACUUUAUUAAACACACAACCUCACUCUAGUAGAGAUUACAUUUCUUCUGCUGUAGAGAUGGUAGUGCUGAACAUUAUACCAUUUGGUCUAUUAGUUAGGACGCAAAUGGGAUACACCUUUCAAUCAGUAAUUUUAAUAUGUGGUCUCAAUAGUCAAACAAGGCAAGAUAAUGUGUUAUCAGUUUGUCAGAAUGUUGCAGUCUCUGUUCAAGCACAUCUAAUUCAACUAGUCCCAUAAGAGCAUUGCGUUUAGAUCAAGUAUUUUGGCACUGCGCCGACUUGCUGCUGAAAACACUUGUUGGGUUUGUUGGUGCCAGUCUGAGCUCCGUGUAGGCUUGUUCCCAUGAAGUUUCAUCAGAGACUACACGGCAAGUGAGACUUCUAUGAGAUCUACUAUAUGGGUGUCACUGCUGGUUGAAAAGGGAGCCUUAUGUAACGAAACAACAGAAGAAUUUCCGCUAAGGGUCUCCAGAAGUAGGUUGUCCCUUCUGUUUGUGUAUAUUCUAUUUAAAAGAGAAGGGAGUUGUAGAAAGCUGGGUCAAUGAGUUAGUCAUGUAACUUCAUAUUUUCAAGAAAGACUUGGUAUAAUUGCUUGACAACAACCAAUCUACAAAUUGAGCUUUCUUAAAUUAACCAGAAAAUCAAGAGUUCUAUGCAGCUGGCUUAAGUAAUAGUCCUGUGUUUUGGAAAAGCCCAAAAGUAUCUAACGAUCUCUCCCAUCCUAGGACCACAGCCGGUUUGUCAACUGCGUGCGUUUCUCUCCAGACGGGAACCGUUUCUGUACGGCUGGCGCUGAUGGUCAGGUGAGUCCAAUAGCUACCAGAGCUGCUCCAUGGUCAGGAACCCAGCAUCACUAAGGUGGUCUCAGAACCCACGACCGACGGUAGAACAUUGACAGCCUGUCUCAAUUCUUCUAGAAUUUUAUUUUAUACUGAACAAAAAUAUAAACGCAACACGUAAAGUGUUGGUCCCAUGUUUCAUGAGCUGAAAUAAAAGAUCCCAGAAAUGUUCCAUAUGCACAAAAAGCUUAUUCUCUCAAAUUCUGUGCGCAUUUCUCCUUUGCCAAGAUGACCCCAUCAGGUGUGGCAUAUCAAGAAGCUGAUUAAACGGCAUGAUCAGUAUAUUUUAGUGUGUGUGGUGGAGGGGAAUAGAAGUACAGUAGAAAUCAGCUGUGAAUUAGCACGUUACGUCAGAGAUUUUCUAGUGAACCCACAAGAAUUGCUGACUGUAGGUCAGUAGUAGACAGAUGUGUUUCUACCUGGAUGUUGAAAUGCAAUUUUACCCUACAGUACUGGUUCUUACUAGAAGUGUCACAUUACCCUGUUUUCCUAGAUCUUCCUAUACGACGGAAAGACGGGCGAGAAGAUUGGGGCUCUGGGCGGUGCGAAGGCCCACGAAGGAGGAGUCUAUGCCGUAAGUAUCUCCACAGCUUUUGUGGAGUUUCUCUUUUCGUUCAACUUUGCCUGGUGGUUUGAGACUUGUAGUCAUGGGUUUUUUACUUAAGCCUGCUGAGAAUGGAAACUUCAGUCUUUUGAUCCUUCAGCAUAACUCGUCAGGCUUCACUGCUGAGAGGGGUGAACACCCAGUCAAGAUUAAAGCUGCCAUGCAGUUGCUAGAGGACUUGAACGUAAACAAACUAAAUGGAUGCUUUCCUUUUCAAAUUAGAAGUGCAAUGUGUUCCUGUGAAAAAGAAGCGAGACUUUCUUGUAUCCCCCACAUUUUAAAACAUCACUCCUCGAAAUUUCACUUAGCAUGCCCCAACAAUAUUUGAUUUCCAGGAAUUUGAAUUGGUGAAGCAGUAUAACGACAUAAUUAGACUGUGUGUACAGUUGAAGUCGGAAGUUUACAUACACCUUAGCCAAAUACAUUCAAACUCAGUUUUUCACAAUUCCUGACAUUUAAUCCUAGUAAAAAUUCCCUGUCUUAGGUCAGUUAGGAUCACCACUUUAUUUUAAGAAUGUGAAAUGUCAGAAUAAUAAUAGAAUGAUUUAUUUAAUCACAUUCCCAGUGGGUCAGAAGUUUACAUACAGUCAAUUAGUAUUUGGUAGCAUUGCCUUUAAAUUGUUUAACUUGGGUCGAACGUUUCGGGUAGCCUUCCACAAGCUUCCCACAAUAAGUUGGGAGAAUCUUGGCCCUGACAGAGCUGGUGUAACUGAGUCAGGUUUGUAGGCCUCCUUGCUCACACAUGCUUUUUCAGUUCUGCCCACACAUUUUCUAUAGGAUUGAGGUCAGGGAAUUGUGAUGGCCACUCCAAUACCUUGACUUUGUUGUCCUUAAGCCAUUUUGGCACAACUUUGGAAGUAUGCUUGGGGUCAUUGUCCAUUUGGAAGACCCAUUUGCAACCAAGCUUUAACUUCCUGACUGAUGUCUUAAGAUGUUGCUUCAAUAUAUCCACAUAAUUUUCCUUCCUCAUGAUGCCAUCUAUUUUGUGAAGCGCACCAGUCCCUCCUGCAGCAAAGCACCCCCACAGCAUGAUGCUGCCACCCCCGUGCUUCACGGUUGGGAUGGUGUUCUUUGGCUUGCAAGUAACCCCCUUUUUCCUCCAAACAUAACAAUGGUCAUUAUGGCCAAAUAGUUAUAUUUUUGUUUCAUCAGACCAGAGGACAUUUAUCCAAAAAGUACGAUCUUUGUCCCCAUGUGCAGUUGCAAACCGUAGUCUGGCUUUUUUAAGGCGGUUUUGGAGCAGUUGUUUCUUCCUUGCUGAGCGGCCUUUCAGUUUGUCGAUAUAGGACUUGUUUUACUGUGGAUAUAGAUACUUUUGUACCUAUUUCCCCCAGCAUCUUCAAGGUCCUUUGCUGUUGUUUUGGGAUUGAUUUGCAUUUUUCGCACCAAAGUACGUUCAUCUCUAGGAGACAGAACGCGUCUCCUUCCUGAGCGGUAUGACGGCUGCGUGGUCCCAUGGUGUUUAUACUUGCGUACUAUUGUUUGUACAGAUGAACGUGGUACCUUCAGGCGUUUGGAAAUUGCUCCCAAGGAUGAACCAUACUUGUGGAGGUCUACAAUUUUUUUUCUGAGGUCUUGGCUGAUUUCUGUUGAUUUUCCCAUGAUGUCAAGCAAAGAGGCACUGAGUUUGAAGGUAGGCCUUGAAAUACAUCCACAGGUCUACCUCCAAUUGACUCAAAGGAUGUCAGUUAGCCUAUCAGAAGCUUCUAAAGUCAUGACAUGUUUAAAGGCACCAUCAACUUAGUGUAUGUAAACUUCUGACCCACUGCAAUUGCGAUACAGUGAAAUAAUCUGUCUGUAAACAAUUGUUGGAAAAAUUACUGGUCAUGCACAAAGUAGAUGUCCUAACCGACUUGCCAAAACUAUAGUUUGUUAACAAGAAAUGUGUGGAGUGGUUGAAAAAUGAGUUUGAAUGACUCCAACCUAAGUGUAUGUAAACUUCCGACUUCAACUGUAUAUAAUGUAGCCCGUCACUGGCAUAUCGGACCCGGGAUUCUAACCCACAACAUGACAUACUCUGCAAUGCAGUGUUGGAAUGUCUAGCUCCAGGGUGACUGUACUUCAGGUCUCAGGAAGACCGUAGUGAUGCUUACUUAGCCAACUGCUAAAUAAAAUGCAUGGGACUGUACAUUUUGCAUUACCAAAGAGAAACUAUAGCGGCACAGGUUUCUUCUGAAAGCAUUGUGAUAACCGACAGUGACGCGAUGCCUCCCAUUUGUGAACCCUGGUCCACUCCUUCCCUCUGUUCUCCUUCAGGUGAGCUGGAGCCCUGAUAGCUCCCAGCUCAUCUCUGCCUCAGGUGACAAGACUGUGAAGCUGUGGGACGUGGGCACCAGCACGGCCCUCACCACCUUCAACAUGGGCGCCGACGUCAUGGACCAGCAGCUGGGCUGCCUGUGGCAGAAGGACCACCUGCUCAGCGUCUCCCUGUCGGGCUACAUCAACUACCUGGACAAGAGCAACCCCGACCGGCCACUCCGCACCAUCAAGGUCCGCCUAAAGCUUCUUUCACACUACACUGUUUUCAGAAUGUAAUAUAGUGUAGUGUGAACAUCUUAGAGUUGGGGAUCCAGUUUUAAAAACCCCACAAAAAAAACAAUUUGGACACAACUGGCAGGCUUAAUCUCCUGAUAUUGACGCUCUGUCCAGAAAUGGUACCUAGCUGACUUAUCAUGAUAAGCUAUCUAUGAACAUUAUCUUUAUCCUGAUCACAAAAUCUUCCAUAAAGUUGUCUUCAGGUCACUUGUUACUCAACACAAGCAAGUAGUUCAGUAACAAGAAAGGAGAUGGCAUACAAGUGGUUUUAUCAGCAUUCAUCAAAAUUCAAUAGUUCAUUUGACAGUUUUCUGGAGACCGAUUAAAUUUCUAAUUGAUUAGAAAUGCUGAAUUCGUGCCAAAACUCAAAGUAUCAUAACUGCGAUGCUUUUGAGUCAAACAGAAUUAAUGUUUUUCUCGACUAUUUGACAGUGUGCUAAACAAUAAAUCUCUCAUUAUGUGCCUUACAGGGUCACAGCAAAUCCAUUCAGUCCUUGACAGUUCACAAAAAUGAGGGGCGGGCUUACAUCUACUCGGGCAGCCAUGACGGGCACAUCAAUAUCCUUUCACUGGGAAGAUGAAGGCAUGCUGUGUCAACACUGAGGCCUGUUAAUGAUGAACUGUGCUUUCUGCAGAGUCCAUUUCCCCUGAAUGAAUGGGACUUAUCUAGGUGGUUGGCAUUUGAAAUGCAAGGAGGCUAAUAAAUUGGUCACAAUGAAGACUCACAUUAAACGUAAUAGCCAUGUCUGCUUAGGUUCCACUACAAAUGUAGUGCACAUAACUGCUGCUAAUGUCCUUGUCUGUUAGUUUAAUGUGGUCCUCUGUAGCUCAGCUGGUAGAGCACGGCGCUUGUAACGCCAAGGUAGUGGGUUCGAUCCCCGGGACCACCCAUACACAAAAAUGUAUGCACGCAUGACUGUAAGUCGCUUUGGAUAAAAGCGUCUGCUAAAUGGCAUAUUAUUAUUAUUUAUUAUUAACAAGAGGCCCACACCAUCAAUGUUAUGGUCCCUUGCGUUAUUUAAGCUCAUGUUAAGAUCCGCUCCGCUGCCCUCUCCUGGUGUCAGUCAGACGAUCCUUAACUGUGGCCUCCACAUUACUGGGAUGCAGAGACCGGGGAGAACGACUGCUUCUCAGGGAAGGGCCACAGCAACCUGGUCACCAAGAUGGUGGUGGACGAGGCCGACCAGCUGGUGACCUGCAGCAUGGAUGACACGGUUCGCUUCACAAGCAUGACCAAGAAAGAAUACAGGUGGGUCCAGAAGUGUUCUACUUAGGGUAGAAUACCACAAGCGCACUUAGCAUAGUGUGGGAUUUGGGACUUAUGCUGAUGAGAUUAAAAGACAUGAGAGAUUUCACUGAAAUAUUUAUUCUGAAUUUCUUAGUUCUCUCUUAAUUCUAGUGAGGGUAGCUUUGUAAUAAUACUGCUUCCUUUUAAGGUUCACUGUCAUUGGACAAGCUAGAGCAGUUGUGAUGUCGUACUUUCAGUAUGUUCAUUUGUAAACCAGUAGUGACAUGUAUACAGUGCAUUCUGGAAAAAAUGUAUGUAAUCAAAACCAAAGAAGACUCGAGGCUGUAAUCACUGCCAAAGGUCCUUCAACAAAGUACUGAGUGAAGGGUCUGAAUACUUAUGUAAAUGUGAUAUUUCAGUUUUCUAUUUUUUAAGAAAUGUGCAAAAAUUUCUAUAAACCUGUUUUCGCUUUGUCAUUAUGGGUUAUUGCGUGUAGAUUGAGGAAUUUUUAUUUAUUUAAUCCAUUUUAGACUAAGGCUGUAAGGUGGAAAAAGUCAAGGGGUCUGAAUACUUUCCGAAUGCAUUGUAUUUGACAUCGCCUGUUCACCGGACAUGCAACCUUGUCCUGGACCUGCUGUUUCGAACCUCUCGCUCUCACCGGUUGUCUUGACCUCUGAAUGCGUGGCUAUGAAAAGCCAACUAACAUUUACUCCUGAGGUGCUGACGUGUUGCACCCUCUAUAACCACUGAUUAUUUGACCUUGCUGGUCAUCUAUGACCGUUUGAACGUCUUGAAGAACGAUCUGGCCUUAAUUGCCAUGUACUCUUAUCUCUACUGGGCACAGCCAGAAUAACCUGGUUCCUCUCUAGGUUUCUUCCUAGGAGCCUGCCUUUCUAGGGAGUUUUUCCUAGUCAUCGUGCUUCUACAUUGCUUGCUCUUUGGGGUUUUAGGCUGGGUUUCUGUAUAAGCACUUUGUGACAUCUGCUGAUGUAUGAAGGGCUUUAUAAAUACAUUUGAUUGAAAAGGAAAGGGUACUGUGGAUGGAAAUGUGGUUACUAACAGUUUGUUUUUGCAGUGCUUCUAACCUGGUAAAGAUGGACAUCCAGCCUAAACAUGUUUCCGUAGCAACAGGGGGGCUCGCAUUGGCCGUGUGCAUCGGACAGGUAAAAGUCCUCUCCUAAUGUGUGCCAACUCAUCUGUCAUUCAGGCAUCAUAGUAUGGUAGACAGUGUUGGGUGUCCAAAAUAAAUAAGUCAUGUCAUUCAUAAAUGGGUGACACAAUUACAUUUACUGUCAGAAUGGGCCUGUGGCUUGUCUGUUCUGGAUAGUGUUAAUAUUGACUGUGCGGUCGUCAGGUGGUGUUGCUGAAGGACCAGAAGAAGGUGUUCACGCUGGACAGUCUGGACUACGAGCCGGAAGCGGGAGCCAUCCACCCAGGGGGCAGCACUGUGGCAGUGGGUGGGGCAGUAAGUCUACAUAUAGCAACUUCAUUUGAACUGGAACUAUUAUAGCUUAGUGUUGGAUCAGAAGUAGUGUUUGAUCUAUUAUGUUAGUGUGGGAUCCGAAAGAAUAGAAUGUCAAGGUCUAUUUGACCAUGCCCUGGGUUAUAUUUCGUCAUGCAUUCUAACGUUAUGUUUAAGAACUUGCAUCGGGCGCUAUUAAGGCCUUGGCUGCGGCUCUGACUUUUUCGACAUCUUAAGUCCGCCACACUCAAAGAACCUGAGCUUCCUGACCCUCCUGCACAUGUGUAUGUUCUCUACUCAGAGAAUGGGCUACUCAGGCAAAUGGUGCUCGUUUUUAAUAAAGUUAGAUCAAAGCUGAAUCAGUGUCUGCAAGAUCACAUAAUGAUUAGGGCUGUGGUGGUCAUAAUCUUGUCGGCCGGCUAUUGUCAUGCGAAAGCCUGCCGGUCUCAUGGUAAUUGACUGUUAAUUAACAUAAACACGUUUAGCAUCUCCAGGCCUCCACGCAUGCCUUUGGAACAUCUACAUAAAAAAAAAAAAGGUCAAAUAAAUAAAUGUAAUAUACACCAUCACAAUAAUUCCAUUAUUUAUUGUAGUCAGGUCUAAAGAAACAUUAUGAUAUGAAGAAAAUGUAUUUCAGAAGAACCGAAUAUGAGUUGGCCUACUGUAUGUUAUCUGGAUAUGCUCUAUGCCAUAGGCUGUAGGCUUGUUCAUUUAGCUGACAAGAUAUGCUUAUAAGGCUCAUGCCAUUUUAUAUUAUAUGGUUUUAUAGUAAGAAGAACAGAAUUGAACUUAACUGAAUAAAAUAGAAAGGAUAUUUUUCCCAUUCCAGAGCGAUUGCGCAUAUGAAGUGGCUAUGUUGAGCGUAAGUGAUCAUUUGAAACAGGUCCUAUAUGCUGGAUUUAGAGUUAUUUAGCAACUUUAGUUGUGAAUGAUACAAACCUUAGAAUGUCUUAGAAAUCAAAACGUGUAUGGGCUGCAUGAUGCGACUAUAGGCAAAGAAAAAAGCUUGCUCUGUUCCUUGCCUCAGGCUGCACAGCUGUUCACUCAUCAAGUGAUUUUAUAUUUUCACCCAACAGAUUAUUCUCAAUUGAAUCUUGUCUUUACUAAUAUGUAAAAUGUGUUUCUAUUUAGAAUGGCCCCUUAACAAAGGGGCAGAAACAGGGGCACUGUGAAAAAAUACAUAAUCCGUUUGCACUCGAAUAGUGAAUGAGGGGCGCGCAUUCCCACCGGUCCGUCUUUCAAUGAUGCUGGGUAGGCUUCUUCGGUUUUAUAGCGGAGCAUGUGCUUAAUAUGAGCAGCUGAGAAAUAAAUGUAAGAACACUUAUUUAACACUUAAGUGAUAAUGCCAGAGAAGCCGGUGUUUGUUGGAUAUAUUGGCACGGUUUGUCGGCCCUCGACUUUGUCUCGGGCCUAACAACACCCUUGCCAAUAUAUCCAACAAACACCGGCUUCGAUGGCAUUAUCACUUUUAUACAAUGGGUUACCAACAUAUUCAAAUAAUGAUUGACAUAUUUUAAUUAACUUUAUUUUGAUUAAUCUAUUCGUACCAUUUCAUCCUUCCACAAGACAUAGUCCCGACACAUCUAGGGUUACUAGAGACGCGACCCAGUCAUUCAUUCUAAAUGUUCCAUUGCCCUACUGGCUGGCAACGUUCUUAUCCCUUGCCUGCUUGCUCCAUUUGCAUUUGUUUAAGCUGUUUUUCUAGUGACAUUUAUUUGGAUACAUCCAUAACAAUGAGCUAAUGAGGUGUGAUUUCGCCUGGCAUAGAGAAUGUGCUCACUCGUCAGAACACUGUUGUUCAGAGGAGCUAGCCAACAACACAGCUACAGUAACACAAUCACUUCAAACUGAAGCUGGAAAGACUGCACAUUAGCUGCGUUUUUGUUUUACCUUUUUUCAAUGGACAUUUUUAUUGUAUAUAUCCAUAAAAAUGAUGGCCAGCUGAUUCAUGAUUUCGACUGGCUGAGAAACGCCUUUCUGUCUCGUCCCAACUCCCGACACGUUCAAUACUAUGGGACAGCAGGAGAUCGAAUUUGAAUAUUGAAACAAUGUUGCAAAUGUCGGAGAGACAAACAGCAAGGUUUAUACAAAUCUCCAAUGUUGAAAACUAAAUGUUAGUCUAAAAGAAAUGUGAGAUAAUGUCUAGAUGCUUUUUAUAAAGUGCCUGACUGGGUUGAUGACAGUGGAUUGCGCAGUCAGACAGAACAGCGUAAAUAGGCAUUUUAACAUCAUAGAUUUAGCUGGUGGUAACCUUGUGGAAUAGACACCGGCUGGAACGCGGUUUUAACCAAUCAGCAUUCAGGAUUAGACCCACCCGUUGUAUAAUAAGCAUUAACCACUGUUUGAGGAGCAUGGUCUCGCAGCGCGACAGGUGAUAUUCCGCCCCAAACUCUAUGCCAUGGGAUCUCAACCCUAUUCCUGCAGCUACUCAGUGCUUCAUUUGGGAAACCAAGUGAAAUCUGUUCGAGAACAUCGAUGUUUUCGCAACUAAACUUUUCACUAAACUUUUGACAGCGCCUCUACGCGCUCGAGAAAGGAAUAAAGGAGAGCAAGGAGGAGAUGGAAACGCACGGUGGUGAGAGAUUCUGUAGCUAAAGGUAAUGUCACCCAAUGAAUGAUACUAAAUGCCCUAUUAUUAUUCAAAAUCAAAUACAAAUUCACUAAUAAUUGUAAGCCUAUUUAUAAGCUCUAAUAUGCAUAUGGUUGUUUUGGAAUUAAUCAUCACCUUUAGAAACAUCCACAAAGACCAUGUUUUACACUGUUUCAACCUGCUGUUGAAAUGUUUUCUUCAAAUUGAUCAUCACAGUGAGGUGAGUUUUAAAAGCACGAUACUGUUUUGAUGAUAAGAGUUUGUGAUUUUUGAUUGCAUUUGCGUUGAUGUCAGAGUGAUUAGAGGGACAAUAGAGCCCUGAGUACCAGGCCAUUAGGCCUCAACGGUCAUGUGCAAUUUUACUGCGGUCAUGACUGGAAUGUGGCGGUAAUAUGGUCACCGUUACAGCUCUAAUAGGGAUCACAGUAUUCAUAACAGAAACAAAUAUAAUAGCAUAGUUUUACGUUAAUGUAAGACGAAAACACCACCGCAUUCAAUCGGGCAGGAUAAUUCUUCAAGUUCUGCUGGUAAAACAUCCAUGCAGCAUCAUUCUGCAUAGUAACCAUUUGAUCGCAAUCAGUUUUAUGGGGAUAUGCAUUUAGAUCUUCUUGGAGUUAAAGUGUUUCGAAUUAUGAAGUGAACGAGUUUUAGAGCAGAUUGGCGUUAACAAACUGUAGCAUAGCCGACUACCUGAGUAUUUUGCCUAGUGGCGCGCUGUUGGGUUUUGGCCAAAUGAGAGUGAAAUGUGGUGUCUGUGUCUUACAAUAACGUUAAACUAUGCUAUUUGGUUCUGUUAUGAAUACUGUGUUCAUUGUGUGAUCUUGCAGACAUUCAAGUUAGAUCAAAGCUGACUCAAACGAGCACCAUGACCGUUUGCCUGAGUAGCCUGAUAUACACAUGCAUUUAACGUGAUGUGCAGAAGCUCCGGAUCUUUUAGUGCAGCUGACUAAGGAUCCCAACAAGUCGGAUCCACAGCCACUCCGCACUAUAAACCAGUGCUAUGAAACUCUUCGGAACUGACACUGUUGUUCAACUGAUCACUGGUUUUAUUUAGGUGUGGGUCGGAUCCAACUACUCAAUAUCUCCCCUUGUCCUUUAGUAUUUCUCUCUCCUUCCUCCCGGCAGGAUGGGAAGGUCCGAUUGUAUUCCGUCCAAGGCAAUACUCUGAAGGAUGAGGGGAAGAGCGUGGAGGCCAAGGGGCCAGUCACAGACAUGGCCUACUCCAAAGACGGAGCCUACCUGGCCGUCACUGACGAGAAGAAGGUCGUCACAGUUUUCACAGUGGCGGAUGAUUACUCGGUAUGCAGUCUCGCGCAUCCAUCUCAAGCAAAACUUGCAAAAAGAGCCUAAUAUUAACAUGUGCCAUAUUGAUUGUCCUGAAUGCUAGAAUUAUUUUACAAUAAAUGUAUUCCUAAAGCCCAAUGAACAGCAAAUGCCAUCUGGGUUUAUCAAUAUCAAUCGGUGGUAGUGUAAUGCAUACAAUCAUCCCAUCAAUUUGAGUGUGAGUGGAGACUUUUUUUUAUUUUACAUGUUGGAUUCUGCAUCCAUUUCUGUUUAUCCCCUUUCUACAGGUGAAAAAUGAUUUUUAUGGACACCACGCGAAAGUAGUCACCUUGGCCUGGUCGCCCGACAACGAACACUUUGCCAGCGGUGGGAUGGACAUGAUGGUCUACGUUUGGACAGUGAAUGACGCAGACAAGAGGCUGAAGAUCCCAGGUGAGGGCCAAAAUAGCAUCCCGAGAGAAAAGGGGGUGUGCGCACACAGAGAGAAGUGUCUGGAGUUAUUUAAAUCCUCUCUGUUAUCAUUUUCAGGUAUUUGAAAUCAUGGAAACUGAAGGUGUUGAAGGGAUAAUGUGUCACCACUCGACUGUGGGAUGGGGUUUUAAACUGCUGAUCUUUCUGUAGCAACCAUUUUGACCUGGUAGCUAAAUCUACCUUUUUGUGCGGGUAGUUAGAUUUUUGUCAGGACAGCAAAUGUUAACAUUACAAAAAGGGGGGGGGGGGGGGUGGUAUUGGGGAAAAUAUAAAAAUUCACAUUUUCAGUGUCUCUGUGACAAUUGAUGAAGUAUCUUAUCUUGUAUUACCAUUGCUGCAGAAUUUUCCCAAAUGUAAUUAUUUUCACCACCACUAGAUGGUAGUAGCCUGCUUGGACACCAUUAUUCUAGGAAUACAUUCAAAUGCUCACACUCUCCAGUUGAAAACCACAUGCUCUAGUUUUAGCAGCAACACAUACUGUAUAUUCACGGCCUAAUUCAAAAAUUUUAGUCUCAUGACAUCUCUUGAUAGCUAGUGUCACUGUAAAAUGACUGUUCUCCCAUCCUUUUCCAGACUCCCACAGGUUGCACCAUGUCAGUGGCCUGGCCUGGCUAGAUGCGCACACUCUAGUGACCACCUCCCAUGACGCCAGCAUCAAGCAGUGGACUCUUAAAUUCUGAUCUGUGCAAGACCGGAUCAUUAGGGACAAGGACUACUGUAGACCUCUCUCUCCCUCUUACUCGUAUAAUAUUUUAUGUAUCUAAUUGAUGGUCUCUUGUCAGCAACCCCUGAAAUUGUCAAUUGUCGGUCAUUGCAGGGAAAAGCUUAUCUAAAACAAGAAUCCCAACGCAAUCUAUUUCUUUGAUGCUUUUAAACGGUUCUCUCAUGCACGAACAAAGAAAAAUAACCCAAAAAGCAGCAUUGAUAUCAAGCUUUUCUGGUCAAGAAAACCAAUUGUAAGCUCAACAUUCCAGAGGCAACAGCCUUAUCUCAGUUCAAACUGAAAUGCCUGUCUGUGUGGUUGGAGGGACAUUUCAUCUCAACUCUGUUAACUCUGAAUGAAAGAAUAUUUAUGGGGAAAAAAUAAUUGAAAAAUGGAGGUAUGUUUCAGUUGCAUUCCUGAAUGGGAUUGAGUUGAGAAUGAAUGGCCCUCCGAUUGUGCUUGCCUAUUAGUUCAUGGUUUCAGCCGAGGUUGAUGUUACCAUUUGUAUGGGAGUGAGUAUUUAGCUUUUUUUGCCUCGUCUUUCUUUGACACAUAACGUCAAUGUCAUUCAGAAUGAUUUCUAGUUGGAACAGAUGUGAUUGGGGGAGCAAUGUAGGAACUUAAAACGCUAAAUUAAUCAUGUGUACAAUCGAAAUGCUGUGUAUUCAAUGAAGCUCCUGUACUUUUUCGUUUUGCCUCACAAUGCUCCC